AUGAGAUCUAUUCUUUACACUUUAUUCCUCGGCGGCGCGUCGCUCAGUGCCGCGCUUCCUGUCGCUGAAAAACGCACAGUGACAUCGCUGGACCAAGCGUCCUUCGAGGAAGCCCAACAGCGCGACGACACGGCCACGAGAGCCUUCUCGGGGGUUCCGAUCAAGACUUCAGACGGCCAGUGCCUCUUUGUCGACGAGCUGUCGGGCGAUUUCCGUGCCAACUUGACCCCGAUCCAAGUCGCUGCCUGCGACGGUAGCACUGGACAGCAGUGGGAUGUCAUCACGGCCGGCAAACAUGACGACCAGCCGGGGACGAUGCUGAUUACGCAGGCUUGCUUCAACUUCGACCCUCGUCGUGCCGCUGGAAACCAGGUCCUUUUGUUCUCCUGCGGUGGUCGUGCCGAUGGCAGUGGCCAGGUGACAAACUCGCAGCUGUUCCCCUUCAGCGGCGGUGCCGGUCCCCUUGCCUUGACUCCCGAAAACGCACCUGGAAGCUGUUUGGCCGUCAGCGGAGCUGUCGUCGACAUCGUAGCCUGCAACACGGCCGAUCCUAAUCAAUCUUUCACUUUUGGCGAGGCUGACGCUGCCGCCCCCACCGAUGUGGCUGCGACGUCGUCGACGACGCCUGCAAGCGAGUGUGGAGCAACGCCGCCACCACCACCACCACCAGCGUCAACCACUCCUGCAGCUACCGUAUCAAGCACAGCAGCGCUCGUCGUCUCGACUACAUCGCCACCUACCGUCGCCGAGAGCGCGACCUCCACGGCUUCCGCCUCUAUAAUCUCCGUGUCUCGUGCCGGCGGCGUCCUCGACCCCUCCGCAGUCGCAGAGGCGAACCCGCGCGACGAUACGGCCACGCGAGCCUUCUCAUCCGUCUCGCUCAAAUCGUCGUCGGGGCUCUGCCUCUUCAUCGACCCCACGGCAGGCGACUUCCGCGAGAACCUGAUCCCGAUCGUGCUGCAGCCGUGCGACGGCAGCCCCAACCAGAGCUUCGACAUCAUCACUGCGGGCGUGCACAAUGACCAGCCGAACUCGGCCUUGAUCGUCAGCACCCUGACGCAGGGAUGUUUGAACUUCGACCCCCGCAGAGCUGCCGGGGACACGGUCAUCAUGUUCAGUUGUGGCGGACGCGCUGAUGGCGGUGGCCAGGUCACCAACAGCCAGCUCUUCACCUUUACCGCCGGGGAGACCAGCCUGAGACUCCAGCCGGAGAAUGGUGCCGGGUCGGUGUGUCUGGCGGCGGACGCGACGGGCCGACUUGACCAGGUAACUUGCAGCGACGAUCCCAGCCAGGUCUUUACCAUCGCCUGA